UGUUUUGGUUUAUUUGUUCUCGUGGCUUCACUGAGUUCUUAUCAGAAAGGUGCAGAGAAACGGAAACAACAUCAGAAUGCAAUCAGGUUUAAAUUUAGAGAACCCAGUCUUUGUAGAUUUUGCCUUCUUCAGUAUCAUAUUGGCCAUAAAAUGUUUGGUGAUGAGUUUGAUCACCGGGAGGCUACGAGUUGUUAACAAGAUCUUCUUAGGCCCGGAGGACUUUGCUGCUUUUGGAAAACCAGAUAAACCAUCUGCAGUUGCUGAAGCUCACAUUGAAAGAGUGAGAAAUGCCCAUCGCAAUGACAUGGAAAACAUAUUUCCAUUCUUCACCAUUGGUUUGCUGUAUGUUUUGUGCAACCCAAACCCAAUAACAGCAACAUGGCUUUUCAGGAUCUUCACUGCAGCUCGCAUCGGACACACUGUUGUGUACCUGAAUGGAGUACGCCAGCCCUUCAGAGCUCUCUGUUUUUUUAUCGCCAUAGCUGUCAAUUUUAUCAUGUGUGGCCUUGUGCUGAAGACUAUUGUUACUAUGUAGAGCUCUGUUUUUGCAAGAAAUGCCUGAGAAGAACCUGCUAAUUUUGUUGUUCGAAUAAUGCAAUCUUUCCGAUUUUUAUUUGGUCAAUUAUAAAAAGGAUAUUUCUACGUUUUUCUGAAACGUUUUUUGAGAAAACCGCAUUUAAAUUGUCUGCAAAGGUAUUUUUCUAUAGGUUUUGUAAUUUAGCUCUAUUUUAUGCUUUAUUUUUCUCAAAUUUAUCUAGAUAUAAAGAAAUACUGGUACUUUUUUUAAAUGACAUUGUUUUUGCUCCA